CUCUUCAGUGAUAUGAUCCGUCGCAAAUCGGAAUCUGCCGGCGAGAUGGUUCCAGUCGUCUUUGUUCCCUUAUUGAUAGAAUAAUCAAAAAUCCGAGUCGGAGACGACGAAGACCCGAGUUCCAGCUAUUAACUAUGCAGAUACCAUCAAGAGAGCAUAGUUUCAUUCUAUUUCUCUUCAUAUCUGCUUUUGUAAUUGGUGCUGCGUCUGUACCUGUACCUGAUUCUAAUUGCUACGCUCUCGACAAUUCAAGUCGUCUUGUCGAUUUUAGCAGCUGGAUCGGUCAUCCAUUUGAAUAUGAUGGCAAGGAAUUUGAUUUGGUGGUUAGAUUUUGCAAGGAUGUGGAAACAAGAGGGCAGGCGGGAUAUGUUGAUUUUGGACGAUUUGACCCGUUAAGCUACUUUGUUUCUAGUUCUGAAAAUUUCGAUUUCGUGCAAAGUUAUGACAAACUUGGACGUACAGCACAGGUUAAUAUUAUUUGUGGGAACUGUAGUGAUGGACGGUGUAAAGGUGGACUUGGAUGCAUAUGUAGUGUCACCCAAGAUUCAACUUGUAGAGUUACUGUCGACUUGGCUAUUCCAUGUGAGAAACCUGGUCCGCGGGUGUUUAAGGGAUUUACAGUCGGUUUGCAUCCUCGCUCAUGGGAAAUUAUCUAUAAUGGGAUGACACAGUUUGGAUUUGAUAAGCCCCGUCGUGAGUUUAGCUUCAAGACCGAGCAGACUCAUCUCACUCUCUAUAUGACUGCAAUUGCUUCUCUUUCAACAUUGGUAGGGAAGCCUAUCAUCAAGGUUUCCCCAGAGAAUGGUCUUGAUGUUAAGAUAGCUGGUUCUUCCUUGACUGGGAAUCAUCCAACAACUUUAUCACCGUCAACUUUAGUACUGGAUUGGAAUUGUGAGAAAUCUCGGCGAACUCCAUAUGAAGUCAAUGUCACCAUCCCAGUGGAUGGUUAUGAUCCUGUUCAGUUUUUCCUUACAAAACUCUGCGAAUACAAUCAAGGUAACGAAGGAGGAUCAGCGAAAGGAUGGGCUAUAUUUGGAGUUUUUUCCUGCGUAUUCCUCGUUGCAUCUGCACUUUUCUGCUGUGGGGGCUUUAUUUAUAAAACAAGAGUAGAGCGUGUGCGUGGAACUGAUGCAUUGCCGGGGAUGUCACUUCUAUCGGGCUUACUAGAAACUGUGAGUGGAAGUGGACAAAGCUACUCAAGAACUGAAGACAUCAACAAUGCUUUUGCCAAUGAAGUCUCAUGGGACCGCUCUUCCGCAUCUUCUACUCAAGCGACAACAACACAGAGACCAAGUGAAAGAACAUAUGGUGCGAUCUAAUUUUGUCAAGUGCCUCACAAGAGGUACUGUUUCAAGCCAUGGUAUGGCACGCUUGUGAUCUGCGAUUUCUGGAUUUUGCUUUGUAUGUUUAUUUUCUACCUUCUAGAAAGAGGUCAAAAAGUUAAUAGCUUCACCGUGAGAAUGUUGUUUUCACCAGAUUCAUGUGCUAUGAUAGAAAAAGACAAAGCAAACAAGAGUUCUUUCUUUGCUUAGGUUACAAGAACAAGAGUAUCGUUAUAAAGUCAACAAAGAUUGAAACAUAUUUUUGUCAAGGGAGUGGUUAGAAUCUCUUCCUACUCUCUUGCCUUUCUCACUAAGACAAAAAAAAGACUUGGACUUUGUCUAAGGUUUUGUG